CGUUAACCUCCCCCACACUUCUCACUUCUCCCCUAAUAUUGCCCUCAAACCACGAUUUCUUUCCCAAACUACCCCCACCAUCCGUCUCUAUCUACCACUCUACCGCCCAUGGGCCAAAUCAGCAGUGUGGUACGACGAAGCUUGAAGCGGAAGCGGGAGCCAGAAUCCGAAGAGCAAAACCAGGCUCGCAAGAUUCUCCACUCGAAGGCUCAAACAAAGACGUUCGGUCAAGCUCAACCACAACAAGUACCUCAUUUUCCAAACCUCAUUGGAAUUACGAUGUGUUCUUAAGUUUCAGAGGUGAAGACACCCGUAAAAACUUCACUGAUCACCUUUAUUCCGCCUUGGAGAGAGUCGGAAUUCGUACCUUUCGAGAUGACGAGGAGCUUCGAAGAGGAGAAACGAUCUCUACCGAACUACUGAAUGCGAUUCGUGGAUCAAAAAUUUCUGUUGUAGUUUUUUCCAAAGGCUAUGCUUCUUCCAGGUGGUGCCUUGAUGAACUUGUUGAGAUCGUGCACUGUAAGAAUACCAUAGGCCACACUCUUCUUCCGAUAUUUUAUCACGUGGACCCCUCGGAUGUUCGAAAACAGAUAGGAACUUUUGCGGAAGCCUUUGUUAGGCAUGAAGAACGGUUUCAUACUGAUAAGGAGAGGGUGUGGAAGUGGAGAGAAGCUCUUACUGAAGCUGCGAAUUGUUCCGGCUGGGACCUUGAAAGUGUUGCAAAUGGGUAUGAAUCAAGAUUCAUCAAAGAGAUUGUUGAAGAAGUUGUGUGUAAAGUGAACCCCGCUCACAUGAACGUUGCCAAACACCCAAUAGGAAUGAAGUCUCGUGUUCGUCAUAUUAAAGAUUUAUUAAAUCUAAGAACACGUGACGUUCGUAUUGUGGGCAUUUACGGAAUGGGUGGAGUGGGUAAAACAACCUUAGCAAAAGCUGUCUAUAAUGAAAUAUGUGUUGCAUUUGAAGGAAGUAGUUUUCUUUCAAACUUUAAAGAAAGUUCAGAAAAGCCCAAUGGCUUAGUUCGUUUACAAGAACAACUUUUGAAUGAUAUCUUGAAAACGAAUUUGAAGAUUGGUAAUGUUGAUAGAGGAAUUAAUAUAAUUGAGGAAAGAGUCCGUGGAAAAAAGGUUCUUGUUAUUUUUGAUGAUGUUGAUGACUGUGAAAAACUACACAAGUUAGUAGAAAAGCAAUGGUUUGGUCAAGGAAGUAGAAUCAUUGUAACAACUAGAGAUGAACAAUUGCUUACUCAACUUGAAGUACAUAAAAAAUAUAAGGUUGAAGAAUUGAAUGAUUGGGAGUCUCUUCGACUUUUCUCCUAUCAUGCCUUUGGGAUGGCCCUUCCAAUAGAUGAUUACCAAGAGCUUUCGAGUAGUGCAGUGAAUUAUGCAGAAGGACUUCCAUUAGCUCUUGUGGUUUUGGGUUCUUUUCUCAAAGGAAGAAGCAUUGAUGAAUGGAAAAGUAAAUUGGAAAAAUUACAAAGUACACCUCAUGACAGGAUUCAAAAAAUACUUAGAAUAAGUUUUAAUUCACUGGACAAUUCUACCAAAGACUUAUUCCUUGAUGUUGCAUGUUUUUUUGUCGGUAUGGACAAAGAAUAUGCUAUCAAAAUACUCGACGGGUGCAAUUUCUUUCCAGCGAUUGGUAUUCCUAUUCUCAUUCAAAGGUCACUGGUGACAAUUGAUUACCAAAGGAAGUUGAAGAUGCAUAAUCUUAUUCGAGACAUGGGAAGAGAAAUUGUUUGUGAAGAAUCACCCAAAUAUCCAGGAAAACGCAGUAGGUUGUGGUUUCACAAGGAUGUCUUAAAUGUACUAGACAACCGUGCGGGAUCGGAAACUGUCGAGGGUCUCAUCUUAAAUCUCCCUGAACUUGAAGAUGUACAUUUGAAAACUAAAGUAUUUACAAAUAUGAAGAAUUUGAGAUUGCUCCAAAUCAAUUCUGUACACGUGACAGGAUCUUAUGAACAUCUCUCUAAAGAGCUAAAAUGGCUUUGUUGGAAUGAGUGCCCCUUGGAAUUUCUACCACCAAGUUUUCAUCUGGAAAAUCUUGUUAUUCUUGACAUGCAGAAUAGUAAUGUCAAACAAGUUUGGAAGAAGAAGAAAAUAUUCAAUAAGUUGAAAGUCCUUAAUCUCAGCAAUUCCAUAUAUCUAACCAAAUCACCAGACUUCUCACAAGUCCCACAACUGGAGAUACUAAUACUUGAGGGUUGUACAAGCUUGGUUAAGGUUCAUAAGUCCACUGGAUAUCUCAAAAGACUUGUUUUGUUAAAUUUACAACGAUGCGAGAACCUUAGGAAUCUUCCGAUCAAUAUUUCUAACUUAGAAUCUCUUGAAACUCUUCUCUUGUCUCAGUGCUUUAAUCUGGAAAAGUUACCUGAGCAAUUGGGGAGUUUGACGGCUUUAACGAUGCUGAAAGUGGAGAAUACGACUAUUAAGUUACUACCAUCAUCCUUCAGCCUUUUGACGAAUCUUGAAACUUUAUCAUUACUUGGAUGCGAAUGUCUUAUUGAAUCACCAGAAUUUUUACCAACAUCACGUCUAAAGAUGUUGAUACUUGCAGGUUGUACAAGCUUAGUUGAGGUUCACAAGUCUAUUGGACUUCUAAAAAGACUUGUUUUCCUAGAUUUAGCUCAAUGCAAGAAGCUUAUGAAUCUUCCAAGCAACAUUUCUAACGUAGAACAUCUUGAAACGUUAUCAUUACAUGGAUGUGAAUGUCUUAUCGAAUCACCGGUGUUUUUACAAACAUCACGUCUAAAGAUGUUGAUACUUGCAGGUUGUACAAGCUUAGUUGAGGUUCACAAGUCUAUUGGAUUUCUAAAAAGACUUGUUUUCCUAGAUUUAGGCGGAUGCAAGAAGCUUGUGAAUGUUCCAAGCAACAUUUCUAACUUAGAACGUCUUGAAACUCUUUUGUUGCCGGACUGCUUAGAGGAGGCUUACAUAAUACGGGAGAGAUCGACGAAAAUGACGGAAUUAAAAAUCUUGCACCGAAACAGAGUUGCUAUUAUGCAACAACAGUCCUCUUCAAGUCCUUUGACGAAUCCCGCAACUUAUUCAUUAUCUAGAUGUAGAGGAGCAUUCUCAUCAUGGAUAUCACCUAUAAGCUCCAACUGCAUAAGUGUGUUACCGUUCAUUUCUGAAUUAUGUUCUAUGACAUGGAUUAAAGAGCUAGAUCUCAGUGGGUGCAAUUUGUGUGAAGAUGAUUUUCCCAUUGAAUUUGGAUGCUUAUCUUCACUCCAUAAAUUGGUUUUAUCAAGAAACAAUUUUCGUAACCUACCUAAUUGCAUCAGCUGCCUUCCUUCAUUAUAUAAGUUGUACUUGAAUGAGUGUACUUAUCUUCAAUCAAUCUCAGUCCACAGCGGUGUGAAGUAUUUGAGUGCAAAUGGCUGCACAUUAUUGGAAAAAGUCUUAAUUUUGGCGAACGAGAGUCUUAAUAAUUGCUACAAACCGGUUGGAAGUUGGAAGAGUCGUAGAAUUGGAUGUCUUCUCAUGGGAAGGUGCAACAAUCUAUCACCUGCUUUUAGGGAGAGUGUUCUCCAGAUGAUGUGCAAGCUGGCAGAAGUCGGUUUUUCCAUUUGCCUCCCGGGAAGUGAGAUUCCAAAUUGGAUUAGCCAUCAGACAAUUGGUUCUUUAAUAUCCUUUCGCGUACCUUCGUUUUGGAGUGCCGGUAAAAUGGCCAAGUUGCUUGUUUGGGUUGUUUAUGCAGGGAACGAGGAAGCACCCACAGACUUCAAUCGAAACGAUAGGAUCCACUUGAGCUUUUGUAAUAAAACUAGAAGUCCCGGUGCGACCUUUGGGUGGACGCGCAAUGCCAAAUUUUUUGAUAGCGGUGAAGAUCAUAUAGUUGUACAGGCAUUGAUAUUUCCUGAUAUCAAGAAGAAGAAAAGUGGAGACGAAAUAGAAGUCAAUGUAUUGUUGAGUGGAAGGAACAAGUGCGGAAUACAAGUGAAGAAGUGUGGAAUUCACUUAGUUGACGAGCCAAAUGUUAUAGAUGAAGAUGAAAGUGUGGAAUACACAUCUGAUUUUGAUAUUUCUACAGACGAUGAGGUCUGACCCAUCAGCAAAUCGAGAGCACAAAUCCCCUCAAUUUCAAAGGUUAGGAGCUGUAUGUAAAUAAAAAAAAAGACAGACACGCACCUUAGAGCAUUAAUCUCCUUCUUUAAACGAAGGGCAAUAUCACCUUCAACGGUGGGGCAGAAGCACUCUUACUGUCACCCAGAAAACAGUCAAGCUUGCCUCUGCCUCAAGCAGAUGGUACACUUGCAGGAAUUCUUCGAAUAUGUAACUGAAUAAGCACGGCAUACUGCAGGGAGACUACACUAGGUGGUUUGAAAAGCAAGUCCGUGUGUUCCAAUGGGCAGGAAACAAGUGUGUCUCCUGCAUCAAGUGUUUCAGGCUCAAAUUUGAUGUCUCCAAGCAAUCACCUGUUUUCUGGACCAACUCCAAUUAAUUGUCAGAAAGCUCUUUUCAGGAUCUUCUCCUCUUGGUGAUGCUGGCAUAUUUAUCCAAUGAAGAGUUUCGAGACAAAUUUGAAAUGAAGAAAGGAGCUUUCUCAAGAUGUCGUUUGAUCUAUUUGAGGGCAUGCUUUCUUGAGACUAAAGCUAGAUGAUUGGAGAAUUUCAAGACUGCUUAGAACUUGACAAGUUAUUGGAGCAAUUAGAGAAUUUGAAGGCUUUAAAAUGCUUGCACGCAAGCAGAAUUGGUAGUAAGCAACAACCAUCCUCACCCAAAAGCUCCAACAUCCUAAGUUUGUUACCUUCCAUUAUUGAAUUAUUUUCUUUGACAAAACUGAGACAGCUAGUCCUAGGUGGGUGCAAUUUGUUUGAAGAUGAGCUUCCCAUUGAAUUUGGAUGUUUACCUUCACUCAAUGUGUUGGAUUUAUCAAGAAACAAUUUUUGUAACCUACCUAGGCUUAUCAGCCGCCUUCCUGGAUUACGGGAUUUGUCUUUGCACGAGUGUACUACUCUUCAAUCCAUCUCACUGCACACAAGUGUACCAGUUUUGAGAGCAAAUGGCUGCACCAUCAUUGGAAAGAAUCUUAAUUUUGACUGACCAGAGUUUUGCAAGUUCUUUUGAACUUAAUUAUUGCAAGAAACUAGUUGAGAUUCAAAGUUUGAAAAGUUUGGGACCUCAAUCAGAUGUUUACAUGGGAAGGUGCAACAAUCUAGCAUAUGAUUUUAGGAAGAGUCUUCUUCAUGUUCUCUCUCUCCCUCUCUUUCUGUGUUUAUGACAUAAGCACUUUUUUGAAACAGAUGCUGUGCAAGAUAUUGGUUGAUGC